AUGGUCUCACGAAGCAUCCUCGCCCUUUGCCUCGCGGCAACCGUCUACGGCCAUGGUGAUCAUGACGACCACCAGAAGUCCAUAGCCGGACCCCAUAAAUCUCUCUGGUAUAACACUCUUCCUGGCGACGGUGGCACUCAGGCCGACUCGGUGUUCUCCGGCAUCUCGACUUUUGGCCGGCUGCCUUACCAGCCGUGCUUGGGAGCACAGGAUGUUAGAUACGACAUUGCCUUUAUCGGCGCCCCCUUUGACACUGGCACUUCGUACCGCCCUGGUGCUCGCUUCGGUCCUUCAGGAAUCCGUCAGGGCUCUCGCCGCCUGAACCUUUACGGAGGAUACAACGUACCAUUGGCCACGAACCCCUUCAACAGCUGGGCUACCGUGCUGGAUUGUGGAGAUAUCCCAGUUACAUCAUACGACAACACAUGGGCCCUGCACCAGAUCGAAGAGGGUCAUUUCAACAUUCUGUCUCGCCAGCCGGCAACCGAUGCGGCAAAGAAGGGGCCUGCAAAGAACGAACGGACUCUGCCUCGUGUCAUCACUCUGGGCGGUGAUCACACCAUUACCCUGCCUCUGCUGCGCUCCAUCAACCGCGCAUACGGCCCCGUGUCUGUAAUCCACUUUGACAGCCAUCUCGACACAUGGCGUCCCAAGGUCUUUGGCGGCUCCCCGUCCGAGGUCGCCAGUAUCAACCACGGCACAUACUUCUACCAUGCGUCGCAGGAGGGUCUCCUACGCAACGACUCCAACAUUCACGCCGGCAUCCGCACGACGCUCAGCGGACCCAGCGACUACGAGAACGACGGGUACUGCGGUUUCGAGAUCGUCGAAGCCCGCGAGAUCGACACGAUUGGCACCGACGGCAUCAUCAAGCGUAUCAUCGAGCGCGUCGGCACCAAGAACCCCGUCUACCUGUCCCUGGACAUUGACACCCUCGACCCUGCCUUCGCUCCCGCGACCGGCACCCCUGAGACGGGCGGCUGGUCCACGCGUGAGCUCCGCACGAUCCUGCGCGGGUUGGAGAGCCUGAACCUGAUUGCUGCCGACAUUGUCGAGGUUGCUCCCGCCUACGACACCAACGCCGAGCACACCACCAUGGCUGCCGCCGACGCCCUGUACGAGAUCAUGAGCAUUAUGGUCAAGCGCGGCCCUCUCAGCGCCAUGGUCAACCAGACUGAGGCCUAUGAGGAGUUGUAA